AUGAAUCAACCUCCUCAAUAUAGCAGCUAUCCAGGGAUCGGCCAAUGGGGUAAAGACAAUUUGCACUACAGUCAAACCGCCCGAAUUGGCAACGUGAUCGAGACCUCAGGACAGGGGGGCUGGGACCCGGUCAAGACUGAAGUAGUCAUCCCAAAAUUACUGGACGAGGAAAUUGACCAAGCAUUUCAAAAUAUCAAUUUCGCCUUGACUACAGCUGGUGGGAAAGGCUUCUCUCAAGAGGUGGAUGCCGAAUCAUCAGCCAAUAUACACGCAGCUUGGUAUGAUCGUUUGGCGGUACCAGGAAUGAGAGUGGAGAUAGAAGCUUGGGCUUAUGUCGAGGAAUGA